AGUCAUGGCGUGGGGUAAAAUUGAAGAAAUCAAGUAAACCGCCAUCGCCAUUCAACUCUAUAACGACACCUCUCUCACAUUCAGCUCACACCACAGAGACGCCUCCUUUCACUCUCUGAUAAGGUUUUCUCCCCUUCUCAGUUCUCGCUGCAAAUUCUCUAUAUGUGUUUAUGAUUUUGGUUUUCUUUUUUCUAAGAAGGAAAGUGAUACUCAAAAAUGAAGUUUGGAAAGGAGUUCAAGCAACAAAAGGUGCCAGAAUGGAUUGAAGCCUACAUGGACUAUAAUGGACUCAAAAGAAUAUUACAUGAAAUCAAACAAAGUAAACUACAAGAAGAACCUCAAACACCUUCUAGAAUUUCACAGCAGAGGUUAUCACUAUACAGACCUUUUAGUGGUCUAAAUGUAAGAUCAAGCUCUGAUGAUGAAAGCACAGAUGAUGUUGAAGACCAAGUUAUAGCUGUUGAAACUGUGAGGCAAGAUGAUACUAGAGAAGUAUACAACACCAAUUUUCUCAUGUCACCAAGACAAAGUGAGGUUACAUUCUUUGAGAAGCUUGAUGAAGAGCUUAACAAGGUUAAUACCUUUUAUAGGGAUAAAGUGGAGGAAGUGAUUGAAGAAGCAACUUCAAUAAACAAGCAAAUGAAUGCUUUGAUUGCAUUAAGGAUCAAAGUGGAACAACCAGAUAUAAAUAAAUGUCAUAUACAGAGAAUCAUUUCUACAGAUAGUGGUUCCAUAGAAUCCUCAAAUAUAAAUUCUCCAAGCAGAGUUUCACUAGAUGAGGAACAACAGAGUGAGAUGAAUGAUUGGAAUCAAAUGAGAAGUUCUUGUGUCACUAAUCCUAGUGAAAACAGACAUAUUGAUUCCAAAUCUGAUAAACAUAAAUCAGAUCUUUUGGAUGUUCUUGAUCGUGUAAAGAUCAACAAUACCCUUGAAAGCCCAAUGUCAACCAUCAGAAGUGUUCUUAAUGACUCAAAAGACAAAGAUUUAAGGUUUAAGAAAGAGGAGCUCAAAGAAGCAGAAGGCAGAAUGAAAGUUGUGUUUAUUGAAUUCUAUCGCAAGCUUCAUCUUCUCAAGCAUUACAGCUAUGUAAAUAUCCUAGCAUUCUCAAAGAUCAUGAAGAAAUAUGAAAAGAUUGCAAUAAGAAGGGCAGCAAGGUCAUACAUGAAAAUUGUGGAUGACUCUUACAUCGGGAGCUGUGAUGAGGUUACUCUUCUUCUGGAUCGUGUAGAGGGCACCUUCAUAAAGUACUUUGCAAACUCCAAUCGUAGAGAAGGUAUGAAACUAUUAAGACCAAAAAGAAAGAAAGAAAAGCACAGGGUAACAUUUUUUUCAGGAUUCUUUUCUGGUUGCUCGAUUGCACUUCUGAUUGCUGCCAUAUUACUUAUACAAGCAAGGAAAGUAAUGUCUAAACAGGAGCACACCAUGUACAUGGAAAAUGUUUUCCCUCUUUACAGUUUAUAUGCGUAUAUAAUCCUACACAUGCUUUUAUACGCUGCAAAUAUAUAUUUCUGGAAGCGUUGCAGAAUCAACUACCCGUUUAUAUUCGGAUUCAAGCAAGGAACCGAAUUAAGCUACCAAGAUGUGUUUCUAGUCAGCACUGGUGUUACAGUUGUCACACUCUCCACCUUUCUUCUUCAUGUUCACAUGAAACUCGAUUCUGUUCACUCCAUAUAUGAAAAAUACGUAGAAUUAAUUCCAUUAAUCUUACUCAUUCUACUUCUUCUCAUAUUCUUUUGCCCUUUCAAUAUCUUGUACAAAUCCAGUCGUUUCUUUCUCAUCAAAUCUCUUUUCCAUUGCAUUUGCGCUCCUCUCUACAAGGUUUCACUUGCAGACUUUUUUUUAGCAGAUCAGUUGACUAGUCAGAUUCAAGCGAUGAGGUGUUUAGAAUUUUACAUAUGCUACUAUGGUAUGAGAUGGUAUCAAAAGGAGCAAAAAUGUCAUACGAUGGAUCUCUACAACGUGUUCUACAUUAUUGUAGCGAUUAUACCAUAUUGGAUUCGAUUCCUCCAGUGUGUUCGGAGAUUGGUUGAAGAAAAAGAUUGGGUGCAUUUGAUAAAUGGUUCGAGAUAUUUGUUGACGAUUAUUGCAGUGGUAUUUAGAACUGUGUUUGAAUUGAAGAUGAAGAAGACAUGGAAGGUUUUGGCUCUUAUGACUUCAAUCGCUUCAAUUAUGUUCAACACGUAUUGGGAUAUAGUUGUGGAUUGGGGACUUUUACAAAGGAAGUCAAACAACUUGUUCCUUAGAGAUAAGCUUUCAGUAAGGCAUACAAGUGUCUACUUUGUAGUAAUGGUGUUGGAUGUUAUGUUGAGGCUUACGUGGCUUCAAUUGAUAUUGAAAUUUAACCUACAUUACCUCAAAGGAACUGCUAUAUCAAGUCUUUUUUCCUGUUUAGAAAUAUUCAGGCGAGGGGUGUGGAUGUUUUUCAGAUUGGAGAAUGAGCAUUUGAACAAUGUGGGAAAGUAUAGAGCGUUUAAAUCUGUCCCACUUCCUUUUAGUUACUAUGAAGAAGAAGAUGAGGAAGAUGACAAGGAUGACUGAAAUUUCGUCUUUCAACAAAAUUAAUAAUCUUUUUUACCUGUGAAAUUUUGUAGAGGUUUAUGAAUAUGAAUGAUAUCAUAUUGGAUUUAAACGUGUGGUCGAAAUUCAAAACUAACAAUAUAUACUAAUAGUAGCUCAAGAAAAGUACCAUUUGAAAAAAGUAAAUUGGAUAUUCCACACAAA